CCCAAUGAGAACAAAAUUGAUAAACCAAGUGAAAAGAAACCGGCUUUACUACGAAAAAAAACUCUACUCGACGAGUUCCCGGGCCCAAUUGCUCCAUCAAUUUUACAUUACAGAUUACAAACAGAAGUUGGGCUUUCAAACUCCGGGUGUCUCUUCCUUUCCCGACGUCUCCGCCGCAGAUGUCGAUCGAAAUCGAAGAAAACAACCGCCUUGCACAUCGCCGAGAAUCGAGGGAGAGAGCGAGAUAGAAGAAUGAAGGCCUUUAGGCGGCGGCAGUAAUCCGAAAAGGCAGUGAAGAACUCCCGAUUUUGGAUCCGGGAUUUAGUGCACGUCAGUACAAGUAGACUGAUCCGUCGGUCAUUUCGGGCGUUGUUUACUCUCCGUCUCCAUGGCAAGUCGGCAAUCUAUGCUGCAGAACCAUCCGGAGAUAUGCCGACAUCUCUUAUGGUUCUUCGGCGUAGCGGCGUGCGUGAAGCUACUCCUGAUCCCUUCCUACCACAGCACUGACUUCGAAGUCCACCGUCACUGGUUGGCUUUGACCCGCUCCCUUCCUCUUUCCCAAUGGUACUCCGACGAAACCAGCCCCUGGACGCUCGAUUACCCGCCUUUCUUCGCCUAUUUUGAGUACUUCCUCUCCUUCUUCGCUCGCCUCGUCGACCCUCAGAUCGUGGACGUUCACCAGGGCCUCAACUACGAAGCAGACACAGUCGUCUAUUUCCAGAGGAUUUCUGUAAUCGUGUCGGAUUUGUGCCUUGUAUAUGGGAUUUAUCGAUUGACUAGGAAAUUGGAGGCGAAGAAGAGAGUGGCGAUGUGGAUAUUGGUGAUUUGGUCCCCGGCGCUUGUGAUUGUCGACCAUAUGCAUUUUCAGUACAACGGGUUUUUGCUCGGUCUGUUGAUGCUGUCCAUUUCUUACUUGCAAGACGGGAGGGAUGUGAUGGGUGGCUUUCUGUUCGCGGUGUUGCUGUGUUUUAAGCACCUGUUUGCUGUGGCUGGACCUGUUUAUUUUGUUUACUUGUUGAGGCAUUAUUGCCGAGGUGGAUUGCUCAAGGGUCUUGGGCGGCUUGCUGCCAUGGGGACUGUCGUCGUGGCUGUUUUUGCAGCUGCAUUUGGUCCAUUCUUCUACCAUGGCCAAAUCCAACAAGUUAUCAGCAGAAUGUUUCCUUUUGGUAGGGGACUUUGUCACGCAUACUGGGCUCCCAAUUUCUGGGUUUUCUAUAUCAUAUUAGAUAAAGGCCUUGCUUUUCUGCUAAAGAAAUUUGGGAUUGACAUUCCAACACCAGCCGCUUCAUUCACAGGCGGGUUAGUUGGCGAUUCAUCUCCUUUCGCAGUACUACCACAGGUAACUCCACUGUCAACUCUCAUCAUGGUGCUGCUAGCUCUAUCUCCGUGUCUUGUUAAGAUCUGGAAGAACCCACAUCCAGGGUCGGUUGCCAGAUGGAUAUCUUAUGCCUAUACUUGUGGAUUUCUAUUCGGAUGGCAUGUCCACGAGAAGGCAUCCCUCCAUUUUGUCAUUCCCCUUGCUAUUGUUGCAGUCCAGAGCCUGGAGGAUGCACAACAUUACUUCCUGCUAUCAAUAGCAACUUGUUACUCGUUGUUUCCACUUCUAUAUGAAGCCCAGGAGUACCCGAUUAAAGUGGUCUUGCUGCUGCUGCACUCAAUGCUGAUGUGGUUUGGAUUCAGUGCCAAAUUCAGCAAGGUCAAGCCACCGACCAUAUCUGAUAACAAGAAAACUCGGAAGAAGGGAAGCAGCAGCAGCAGCAGUAGGUCAGGAGAAGAGGGAGAGUUUGUGAUUGGAUGGGGAGGGAAGUGUUACAUUAUAGGUAUUGUGAUUGUGGAGACAUGGGGGCAGCUGUUGCAUCCUUACUUUCUUGGUGACAAGCUUCCAUUUGCGCCGCUCUUGUUGAUCUCCAUCUACUGUGGGGUAGAGGUAGUUUACUCCUGGGUGUGGCAGCUAAAGCGGAUAAUGGCUGACUGAUAAAGAGUUUUGAGUUCAGGGAGAUUUAAGCAUGGAUGGUGACGACCGUCGCACUUUGGAGAAGAGGUUGCAAGUGGACCGACGAUUCUUAGAAGGAAGAUUUAACUUGUUAUCUGGGUUUCUUUAGUUUUCUUCUUCUGGAAUGCGAAUGUGUUCAUUUUGCUCCUUCCAGAAUUUGAGUUGAAGGAAAGGGAAAAGGAAAGGGAAAGAAGAUGGUUCAAUUAGAUUCUUUUUGUUGGUGUUGUGGGGUUGAAGAAUUUGGCUUGAGAUAAUUUUGUGGGUUGGGUUAGGAAAAGCCAGGAAAUUUCCCUGCAGAAGAUCGAGAAGCAGCCUAGCCAUUCCAUUCCAUGAUCUGUCUUCUGCUUUCUUAUUCUAGAGAAGCGCAGCAGUGUAACUGUGAAAGAAUGGCAGUCCCAUUUUUGUGCCUGAAAUUGACCUUUUGGAUCUCUUUUGAGAUCGUUCAUUUUGAAUCAUGAAGAGCUAGUAAAGUGAUAAGUCUGCAAUUUCAGACUAACUGCCUGGAUCAGAAAGUAUAGUUAUCGGCCGUCAGUCUCCGUCAGACUCUGUUAAUGUUGUCAGAUUCUUUUUAUAAUGUAGCAAACGAAAGUACUGACCGAGCUAACAAAAAGCUUGAAAAAGACAUCACUUAGGUGUUGACCUGGAAUGCAAAACUCCCUACUCCUAUUUUUACUAAAUAUUUCUAUGGUUCGGAUCGAGG